AUAUACAAAUUAACUAAUACAAUGAAAUGGUCUUGAACUUAUUUAGCUCUUUUAGGAAACAUAUUUCUGCUGAAAAGAGUUUGAGAAGAUGGAGGUAAGCUCAUCUGUUUCCUACAGUUUGUCACAUUCGUACAGAUUGUUUGCGCUUUUCAGUGUGAUGUGAAUGGACGGCAGUGUGAAUUUCUAUCGGCCGUGGAAUCAGUACAAGAGAGGAUUUGGGAAUGAGGAAUACUGGCUGGGGCUGGAGAACAUGUACCAGCUGACACGUAAGAACAAGUACAUGCUGAGAGUGGAUCUGGAGGACUUUGAAGGAAGGAAAGGUUUCGCUCUGUACUCGUCCUUCUCUGUGGGUUGUGAAUUUGCUGGAUAUCAGCUGCAUGUUUCAGGAUUCACUGAUGGAGGAGCAGGCGACUCUUUAUCUGGUCAUAACGGACAGAAGUUCUCCACCUUUGACAAUGACCAAGAUUCCUAUGAAAAGAACUGUGCCAAGCAGUAUCUCGGGGGAUUUUGGUACAAAGAAUGUCACACUACAAACCCCAAUGGAGUGUAUUUAUGGGGAGAAGAUCCCACCUAUCAUGCCAUUGGUGUUGUUUGGUCAACGUGGAAGAAUUACGCAGUCAGUAUGAAAUCCAUCAGCAUGAAGAUAAAACGUGUGUCAUAGAAACAUUAGAGCGCUUAAAUUUACAUUUUUAUAACUUUUUUUCUGUGUGAAAGGAUCAUGUUGAAAUCUGUUUUUUAAAUGUAUGGAUGUUUGUGCAUUAAAAUAUUUUGUGAAGUUACUGUUUACAUGAUUAUUUAUUCCUUAAAUAUUCAAUAAACUCCUUUAGUGAAUCCAGACUA